AUGACAUUAAUGACACUGACACGACCAAAGAGGAAAGCAACAAUCAAUAAAACUUACAACGACGCAAUAGACUAUACUAAUCAAGAAUAUGAUUCUGGUAAUUCUUCUUCAACUUCAGUUUCAGGAUUGAAUACUCCAGGAGGGACUACGAAAAAGAGGUCAACAAAGAGAACGUCAACUCCUCAAUUGGAGAAAAGUGAUAGUAAUGUUAGUAAUAAUAAGACACCUCAACCUUCUUCAGCAUUGAAAUCUACUAUACCUUAUAAUUGGCAACCACCGCCAAUAUCAGAAGAUUUCUUUUCAUUCAAAUUGGAUUUAACUGAUGCAUAUAUAGAUCUUGGAAUACAGACUUUAUACUGUCCUAAACAAUCUCCCACCUCAAAAGGCAACAUUACUACUAGUAGUAAUAGUGGUACCAGUUCUAGGAAAAGAAAUGGAAAUAUAUUUACGCUAUCAAAAGGUCAAUACAUUUAUAUGAUAAGUGAACCUCCAGGAGAACCUUAUUAUAUUGGACGUAUUCGAGGGUUUACCAGUAAGAAACAUAAAACUAGUGAUGAUGACAUAUAUCAUUUACAAGAAGGUAUAGUUCAGGCAAGUGAUUAUUCAUUUCAAAUACAAUGGUUUUAUAGACCUAGAGACAUUUCAAAAUUAACUUCUGAUUCUAGAUUAUUAUUCGCAUCUAUGCAUACGGAUACUUGUCCAUUAACUAGUUUCAGAGGUUUAGUUACUGUUGAACAUAAACAAGAUAUAGAAGAUAGAUAUUUAAAUGACUCCAAAUUGCAGAAACAAUUAAGAAAUAACAAUAAAAAAUCCGCAUCACCUUCAACUACAUUAUCAAGUUUGGAAUUAUAUACCCAGAAGCCAAAUUGUUUUUAUUUUGAUAAAUUAUUUGAUAGAUAUAUGAUUAAGUUUUAUGACGUAUUACUGACAAAAAACCUACUACAAUAUGCUGAUGUUGAAAAUAGUAAAAGUAAGAACUUCCUAAUUGCAUUAAACAAAAGAUUUGAAUUCAUAUUUGUUGAAAGUCAAAGAACAAAAUCAUUAGUAAAUACAUUCAGUUCCAAUUCUUGUAAUUGUGAAAUAUGUGGUCAAUGGUGUGAUUCAACACAAGAUUCAAUCAGUUGUGUAGAAUGUAAUCAUUAUUAUCAUAUGCUUUGUUUGGAUCCUCCAUUAUUGAAAAAACCAAGCCGGGGAUUUUCUUGGUCUUGUGCAAGUUGUACCAAAAAACAUGAAAUUGAAUAUCAUAGUAAGAAAAUGUUGAUGUUAUCUCAUGAUAAUAAAUCUUCAAAUCAAGAUCAAUUAGCUAUUGAAUUAAAUGCAUUAAGUUCAUUUGAUCAUGAUAUAUCGUCGUCCAUGCCUUCAACCAUCCCCAGUUCUCAAGAAGACGAACAACAACAACAACAACCGCUAUCAGAAUCACAAAUAGAUGACCCAGUAGCUACAUUACCCAAAUAUGAAACCAUGGCAAUUGAUUUCUUAACCAAAGACAGACAGAACACAUUUGAAAAAAGAAGACUAAAAGAAGAAUGGUGUAUGAGAUAUCUUGGAAUGUAUGCUAGAUUGGAAGAUGGGGUUGAUUUAGAUGAUAGAUCUCCAUAUCCAAGAGCAUCUACUCGAUUAGGAUCCAAGCAUCAAGCAGUCAACAUUCCUGAAUGUGAUGGUGAUCAUCCUUUGGUAUAUUAUGAUAUUGAAAAACCUCAACAACAACUGAAGAAGAAGAGCGGGUCUCAGAAUAACAAAAAGGCGAAACAGAAGGAAACUGAAGAAACACUCAAAAAAUUGGAAGUGCCGAAGGAAUAUGCCGAUAUGGAUCCGAAAUCUUAUCCGGCUUGGUUACAACCUAGACCAAAGGGGUAUAUUGAAAGAGGAGUUGAUGAUGGUGAAGGAGAGACUUGUACAUUAUUAUGGAAAUCAAGUGAUGAGGAUAUAAAUGAUAAUUUCUCAAAUUUAGAUUCCUAUAUUACCAAAUGUGCACCAAUUGCAGAAUCAUUAGAGCUAUCUCCCAAUUCUCCAAAUUUUAUGGAUGCCAUAUUACUUUAUUAUAUGAACCACAAGGGUGAUUCAGAAAAGGCAUAUCAGGAUGCAUUACAAUUAACAAAAAUAUCCCUCAAGGAGCCCGUUUUCACCAAGGAAGAAAUCAAGCGAUUUGAAGCCGGAGUCAAACUAUUCGGAAGUGAAUUACAUCCCGUAUUCAAAAAAGUCAAAACCCAAACCUCAGCCAUGAUUGUUCGAUUUUAUUAUCUUUGGAAAAAGACCAAGAAUGGAAGAUUAAUCUGGGGGAAUUUUGAAGGCAGGAUUCAGAAAAAAGUUCAAAAUAUGGUCAAAGAUGAAGCUGCCGUCGCCGCUGAAAAGGCAUCGAAAAUAGAUUCACACCCCGUGAUUGAUGAAUUAGCUGAUGCUGAAGAUGAUUCUUGUUAUGAUAAUGAAAAAAUCCUUGCAAAACGUCUGAAAUUGGUGUGUAAACAUUGUAAUUCCCAUAGAUCAUUUCAAUGGUUUAGAAUCACGGGUCAUGAUGCCAAAAAGCCGAAUGAGGAGAAUUAUGUAGUGGGGUUAUGUUUUAGGUGUGCGAAAUUAUGGAGAAGAUAUGCGGUGAUUUGGGAACAUCCUAAUGAAGUCAUGAAGAAGACGGGUGGGAAAUCAGGUGGGUGGAAAAAAAGGGUUGAGAAUGAAUUGUUGACGGAUGCAUAUAAGAUUUUGGAAUUUGCGGAACAGAAUGGUUCUGUGCUUGGAGAUGAGGUUCAAGAUGAUGGAUAUCCUGCUGUUGUACAAGCAAAUACUAAGGUGCUGCCGAUAAUGCAAGCGGAAAAGAAACCAACAGGGACAAGCAAUGAACAACCCAAGAGUGAGUCACCGGCGAAGAAGAAGAGGCUGGCUUCGCCAACAAAUAGUGGCGCUUCCAAGAAUAAGAAACCCAAGGCACAAUCAAAAGCUGCAUCGAUUGAAGUGGAGAGAAAGGAAGGAACCACAACUACGAAAUCAGCUAGCUCUGCAACUGCAUCUACUCCAGUUGAACAAUCUAAGAGAAGAGCAACUUCAGAAUUAUCAGAUGAAAGUUCCAAGAAACAAAGGAAACAAACCUGGAAUUGGCCAUCGCCUGAAAAGGUUGACAAUCCAGUACUUAACCCUGAUUACAUCGUUCCCAGUGUUUCGAAUUAUAAGCUUGACAAGAAAUGGCAUUUAAAUCUAUCAAGAUCUGAAAUUGACUUUAUUAUCAAUAGUUUCCGAACCAAACAAUUAGUUGAAAUCAAUUCCCAAUUGGCCAAUCUUCAAAUCCCUCAUUUAUCUUCGAUUCAAUUACCAUUCGAACCACUGGAAAGAAAGUGUUGUAUUUGUCGAGAACACGAUACUUCAAAAUCAUCGCUUUUGGAAAUGUUAAUCUGUUCAUCAUGUGGUGUGAAUGUUCAUAGUUCAUGUGCUGGGAUAAACAUACCGGAAAAGGCACCUAAACCAAUUAAAGAAUGGCUUUGUGAACCUUGUAUAAAUGAUUUACAUCCAGUACAUAAUACGGUGUAUUCGUGUACUUUAUGUCUCGCGAACGAAUCGAAUUAUGAAUUGUCAAUUAUGGGUUCACCGAUUGUUAGACCAGAUUAUUUGAAACCUACUGAUACUGGAAAAUGGUGUCAUUUGUUAUGUGCGGUGUUCAAUCAUGAAUUGGUUCUGUUUAGACAACCGCCAAGUAGAAAGACUAAGAAGUUCAGCGAAGAAGAGUUGAAGAAUACUAAGAAUGUUAUAGAAGCGAUGAAUCUGUUGAUUUCGAUAGAUAAUGUAUCUCGAGUCUAUUUGAAUAAUUAUAAACAUCAUUGUGGGAUUUGUGAUUCACAAAAUGGAGCAUUGAUAGGUUGUUAUAAAUGUGAGAAUGAAACUAAGUAUCAUAUAACUUGUGCUCAAGAUACUCCGAAUUUUAAGCUUGGAUUUAAAUUAGUGGAAGAAGUGGGUGAAUUUGAUAAAGAUAUUCAAUUGGUGAAUGUGGAUGGGAAAUUGGGGAAAUUGAGACCGAUUUUAGUUUGUCCAAAACAUGAUCAAUCGAGAUAUACGAUAUUGAAUCUGAGGACAUUGGGGAAAAGAGUACAUUCAAAAUCAGAUGACUUGAAACCACUAUUUCAACUAUUUUUAGAAGAUCUAGUUAAACCUAACAGUGUGAAUAAUGGUCAAAAUAUUAAAUCAAUAAAUUAUAUCAACAAUUGUCAGAUAUAUAACAAACGAUUUGAGAUUCCUUCAUUAUUAAAACCUUCGGAAGUUAAAAAACGGAUAUUGAAAUGUAGGAGAUGUUCAACAGACACAUCACCUAAAUGGUGGGACACUCAUGAUGAUUUGAAACUUGCCUUAUGCCAAUCAUGUUAUCAUAAAAAAGAUCAAGAUGGGAAAUUGGAGGAUCAGGAAGAAAAAGAACCUACCUUAUUGGAUAUUUUGACAAAACCUUUGAAUGGAGAGAAUUAUGGAAUUAUUGAUCAAGAUGAUAAACUUUCAAAAAUUUAUAAACCAAAUUUAAUAGAAGAAGAGAAAGAAGAGAAGAUUAUUGAAGUGAAGCAGGAAGUUAAACCAACGGUUGAAAGUACAGUUAGAUCAAAAAUAUCUUUGGGUGAUCUAUUAACUUAG